UUUUCGUCCUCUUCCAUGGAGUUCCCUGGGUUCCUUCUCCUCAUAGGCACUCUGUUCUUCACCUUACUGUAUCCCCAACCGUCGCUAUUGAUGCCGCAAAACAACUCCACUGAUCUCUCGGCACUGCUGGCCUUCAAGGCGGCCAUUGAUGACCCGACUGGGAUUCUGGCAACCAGUUGGGCUCCCAACAUCUCCUUCUGCGCUUGGACUGGCAUCUCCUGCAGCCACCGGAGCCAGAGAGUUACCUCCCUCAUACUUAGCAAUAUGUCUCUCCAAGGCACCAUAUCGCCGCACCUUGGUAAUCUCUCCUUCCUGUCUAUCCUAUGUCUCAAUAACAACUCUCUCUUUGGCCCCAUUCCUGAUGCCCUCGGGCGUCUACCCCAUCUUAGAUGGCUCUCGCUGGAUCAAAACCAACUCUCCGGGCCCAUACCGCUCACCAUCUUUAACAUGUCUUUGCUCCACUCCCUUGUCCUCUCAUACAACCAUUUGUUGGGGUCUCUCCCAACAAAUCAUAGCUUUUUUCUUCCUCGACUCCAAUACUUCUCCGUCAAAUCCAAUCAGCUUAACGGCACGAUCCCAUCAAGCCUCGCUCGGUGCCGUGACCUUCAGAUUCUGUCCUUGUCUACCAAUUAUUUCACUGGAACCAUACCGGUCGAGCUCACAAACUUGCAGAAGCUUACCAUUUUGUAUCUCGAUCACAACAACCUCAGUGGAUCAAUCCCGGACUCCCUAGACAACCUCACAAAUCUCAACAAUCUUAACCUCGGUGUGAACUUCCUGAGUGGGAAAAUUCCCUCUGGGUUGGGUAGUCUGCAGAGCCUCCGGUGGCUUAGCCUGUCAUAUAAUGAUCUAAUCGGCCCCAUACCGGCUUCAUUGUCAAACGCUUCCAUGAUCGAAAUUAUAAAACUGGUCGGUAGCAGCCUGACAGGUCCUGUGCCGAUCGAACUCGGAAGAAAUAUGCCAUUUCUCACAUCAUUGUUUCUCGGAGGGAAUUAUCUAAGCGGCGGGCUUGACUUCAUCACCUCUCUUACCAACUGCAGAGCUUUGGAGAACCUACACAUUGAACAGAAUGAGCUGGAUGGCGUUCUUCCUACAUCCGUCGCUAACCUCUCUUCCAAUCUACUCAAGUUUUCUGCUUACAAUAAUCAUAUCAGAGGGCAAAUUCCAGCAGGAUUGGGUAAUUUGAGUAGCGUAUUGUCAAUAAACUGGAUGUUCAACGAGCUGACAGGAACAAUACCGACAACGUUGACAAGGUUGGAGAGACUUCAGAUGCUGAACCUGCAUGCUAAUACAAUCCAUGGUUCCAUCCCGAGUGAGCUUGGCCAGCUCAGGAGCUUGAACAAACUAUACCUCGGUGGAAACUUGCUCUCUGGAUCGAUACCUGUCUCAUUGGGGAACAUUAGCGGGCUCCAGCACCUCGGUCUUGCCGCCAAUUCACUAUCAUCGGCCAUACCCCACGGUCUGUGGAGCCUAAGCAGCCUCCUGGAACUAAACUUGUCAGGAAAUUCUUUCGAAGGCUCACUUCCACCAGACGUGGGGAAUUUGAAGAAUAUAGACACAAUGGAUCUAUCAGCAAACCAGCUUUCAGGUAUCAUCCCAAGUGCCAUUGGACAACUUCAAAUGCUCGAAUAUCUGGAUAUGUCUCAUAACUCGUUCCAGGGUCCUAUUCCACAAACCUUCGGUGGACUUGUUAACAUCAAUAAUUUGAACCUCUCGUCCAAUGUUCUCACUGGUGCCAUACCCGAGUCCCUAGCUAACCUUCGAUACCUUACCGGCCUAAACCUUUCUUUCAACCAGUUGGAAGGACAGAUACCCAGCGGUGGCAUAUUCUCAAAUCUCACCAUCCAAUCCCUUAAGGGGAAUGCAGCAUUAUGUGGAGCAUCAAAGCUAGGCUUUCCACAUUGCGCUGCAAAUGCUACGGUUUCCAAUCCAAGGAGGGGACAGCACGUACUCAAAGUUGCUCUUUCUGCAACCGCUUCCGUGCUAGUCCUUGUUGCAUGCUUCGGUGUUCUCUUGGUGUUGCUAGCUCGUCGAAGAAGGAAAAUUAUCACAGCUUCCACGGAUCCGUCGCAUCUAAAUGACCGCAGACAGAUUUCAUAUCAUGAGCUCAUCCGUGCAACUGACAACUUCAGCGAGGCCAACUUAUUAGGAAGAGGGAGCCUUGGCUCAGUAUUCAGGGGACGUCUGGAUGAUGGAUUACAUGUUGCAGUAAAAAUAUUGAAUCUGGAAAUGGAAGUGGCUUCGAGGAGCUUUGAUGCAGUGUGUAAAGCACUACGCAUGGUUAGGCACAGGAACCUCAUCAAGAUCAUCAGCACCUGCUCCAACUUGGAUUUCAAGGCAUUGGUGCUUCAGUACAUGCCCAAUGGCAGCCUCGAGAAAUGGCUGCAUUCCCACAAUUACUGCUUGAGCCUACUGCAAAGGAUAAACAUAAUGUUGGAUGUAGCAUCGGCAUUGGAGUACCUUCACCACCACCAUCCUCAAGUUGUCUUGCAUUGUGAUCUAAAGCCAAGCAAUGUGCUGUUGGAUGAAGACAUGAAUGCGCAUUUAGGCGACUUCGGCAUUGCCAAAUUGCUGCUAGGUGACAGCAAAUCUAUGGUGUCAGCGAGCACACCAGGCACAAUUGGCUACAUUGCUCCAGAAUAUGGAUCGACCGGGAGAGUCUCAAGAAGUGUCGAUGUCUAUAGCUAUGGCAUUCUGCUGCUAGAGAUCAUUACAAGGAAGAAGCCAACCGAUGCCAAGUUCCAAGGGGAAUCCAGCCUGAGGAGGUGGGUGUUUGAGGCGCAAUAUCCCGCUGCGGUGUUGGACAUUGUUGACAACAACCUCCUUAAAGAUGAGCAUGCUGACCCAAUCACCAGGCAUCAAUGCUUCUCAGCUUCCUUGGAAUUGGGCUUGCUGUGUUCUAAGGACUCACCCAAGGAUAGGAUCCUGAUGAAAGACGUCGUCCCCAGAUUGCAGAAGAUCAAGAAGAAUUACUUGUCAAAGCAGCCAAGAGCUUAAAGCAUUGUACCAAGCUUUUGUGGUCAUGGCGAGUGCUUGUCAUCAAAGAGCAAACAGACAUGUUUCUGUGUAGCUGCACAAGUAUGACUGGUUAGCAACCCCAAAAGAUCUCUCGAAACAUUCCACUAUUCCCUC